ACAAUUGUCAGAUGUCGAGCAGCAUUUGAUUAACAAUAAAAAUUGAUAAGAGGCAGUAACAGAUAUUUAUGAAUUUUAGUACAUAUUUGUAAUAAAUUAGUAAAAAAAAAUAUGCGUCUACGGAUAUUGCCAUGGUUGGUAUUAUUCGCGCUUCUGAACGUAAUUAUUGGCCAAGAGCACCACAGUGAAGAUACAAAAAAUACCAACGAAGAAUUUCAUGAGGAAUUAUAUGUACGUCCUUUAGCCACUGGUUAUAUUAAUAGUUAUUUUCAAUUUACAACACGUUGGCACUAUGGAGAUAAAAACAACUUGCACAACACAAAUUUGAUACCGCGUUCAAUAGCAGAAACCUUAAUACGGUUUGAUGUGAAAGAGUUACAUAUAAGGUUAACUCAGGGUGUUUGGCGCUACGAAUCAUGGGGCUAUCCCAUUGUCGAUGCAGCUCCUGGUGCCGAGGCUUGGGCCUGGUUCAGCGCUCCAAAUUUAACAGCUGCAGGUGUAGAUGAACAGUGGACGCGUUUGGCUAGUACAUUUUCAGGCAUCUUAUGUGCAUCUCUAAAUUUCAUUGAUAAAACAAAUACUGUUGAGCCCAAAUACAGUUUCCGUCCGCAGUUUGCAGCUGGUAUUUCAAGGGAUAUACCAAAAUAUGUGCGAUAUGCCAGCUUACCACGUGAGAUUGUUUGUACUGAGAAUUUGACACCAUGGAAAAAGUUAUUGCCCUGCAACAGCAAGCAUGGAUUUGCAUCGCUUUUGAAUUCUGGAUAUGUACAUAACACUAACUACCAUUCUUUGGGUAUUAAAGUUCGUACUAUUUGCGAAAAAUUCGCAGAAAAUUGCAUCUUGGAGUUUACAGAGACAUUCGAUUUUGUUUACGACGCAAAAAUUUUGGGCAACAACGAUUUCUCCAUUAGAAGACUAUUCGGCCAAGGCCUUAAUGGACAUUGCGCACUCGCGAAGACAAGUAAAAUUUAUGUAAACUUAGACGAUCGUUAUAGUUUAGCACCACAACCGGACUUUAGUGUGUGGUCUUUACGUGGUGGAGCGCGUACAAAUUAUGGCGUAUAUGAUAUUAAACGAAUUGCAGAUAAUAAUUUAUUUAAUAUUGCAUGGGUGAGAAACACCAAUCAGAGUGGUAUUGCCAUGCCGCACCUGCCACCACUGUAUGCACAUCGUUACAUAUUAGGAAGAGGCCAAGAAAAUGGUAAAAUUGUAACAGAAAUAUCAAAUGAUCACUAUGGACCAAUCUCUAUAGUGCUACAAGAAAACAUACCUUGGUAUGUGCCAUCCUAUAUGCACACACUAAAAGUAAUAUCCAGUUCCGAUAAACAGAACUUCGUCGAAAUACAACCCAAGAUUGUACAUUUUAUACCAGGUGUCCAACGAACUCGUCCCUAUCAUUUAGAAAUUGCAUUCGAAAUUCCAGCACAGAGUACAGUGAAAGUAUCUUUUGAAUUUGAUUACAUAUUUCUGAAAUGGUUAGAAUAUCCACCAGAUGCAAAUCAUGGUCACUAUUUGGGUUCCGCAGUCAUUACUACACAAUUACCAGUUGGACGUAACUAUACUGCUAUACCGCUGGAAGGAUAUCUCUUUGCAGACUCAUUUAAUGCGUCACGUUUAUCUUAUUAUCUAGAAGUGCGAACAGAAACCAUAAUAUUAUCACUACCUACACCUGAUUUUAGCAUGCCUUAUAAUGUGAUUUGUUUAGCUUGCACUGUUGUUGCAUUGGCUUUUGGACCAAUACAUAGUGUCGCCACUAAGCGCAUUGUAGUAGAAAGAAAGGAUGCGUCAUCAGGAACAUUAGCACAACGAUUAAUUAAUAAAGUCUUUAGGCGUAAAAAUCAAAUUGAUGAGACACACGAGGAACAAGAAGAAGAUCCAAUAAUAGAUACUCCGCCAACUGCUGACGUUGAUGCACUCCACGAAAAGAAUGAAUAGCAGAAAAGCUGUCCUUACUAGUCUAUGUAACUGAUAAGUAUUAUAUGUUACUUUUUUUACCUUAUAAUUUUUUAUUAAAAAAUUAAAUUGACAUUAACA